CAUUCCAAUCCCCCCAUUCACGACGAGCUCGCGGCUCAGGGCACCGAGAGCUGCCGGCGAGAGGUGGGGACGACGAGGGACCGUGAGUUGCCGCGGGCGGCGAGUUAGCUGCCGUUGCUGCGGCGGACGGGUUACAGAUCCGGUCUUCUCCUUUGUCGAACGACACAUCCUCAGCGCCGGCGACGAUUGGCCGACGACUGCUGGUGAGGUCCAAGUGAUCUGAUGGAAGAUCAGAGAAGCCAGCUUGGUCAGAUCGACCCAAGAAGAGCCCGAUUUCCUUGUUGCAUCGUUUGGACUCCAAUACCCUUCAUCACAUGGUUGGUGCCAUUUAUCGGUCACAUUGGUAUCUGCAGAGAAGAUGGUGUGAUUCUGGACUUCGCUGGUCCAAAUUUUAUAUCAGUUGACAACUUUGCAUUCGGAGCUGUUGCACGCUACAUUCAAGUAAAUUGUGAUGAGUGCUAUAAGCUUCUUGAACCUGAAGGAGGUGCCACAUGGGACGGUGCGUUGAAGAAAGGCACGCAGGAGUUUCAGAACAGGAACUACAACCUAUUCACCUGCAACUGUCACUCCUUUGUCGUGAACAAUCUGAACCGACUGUUUUACUCCGGCCACGAGAAAUGGAAUGUGGUCAGCCUAGCUGCUGUGAUGUUCUUACGAGGCCGCUGGGUGAGCACGGCGUCUGCGGUGAAGACUUUCUUGCCGUUCGCGGUCGUGCUCUCCGUCGGUACCCUCCUCGGCGGCAUGACAUUCCUGAUUGGCCUUGCUGCUUUCGCCGCUGUGAUGACUGGCUGGUUCCUUGUGGGCACCUACUGCAUCAAAGGCCUCAUAGAGUUGUGAUUAGAGUAGAUAAGACUUGUGUUCGGGGUUGAAGAGUGCGCAUUUUUAUAUGUUAGCACCUUCUUGUAUGUUUAGUUCUUGAUGAUAUUCAUCAUUUCAUCUAUGGAGCCGAAUGAAUUAUGUAGCUUGAUGAACUGGUGGUUGUCACUAUUAAUUUGUGCUGUUGAAGGAACACGCCACAGCUUCAAGUCCGUACUAUACAUCUACAUGGUCUAUAGUCAAGAAAAGAUUGUGUUCGAUACAGAACUUUCAGUUGCCAA